AUGCUCGCCACAAGCCCGCCGGAAGAACAGGCGAUCGAUCGCGAGUAUCAGUACCCACAGCAUCAUCACCGUCAUCAGGAACUUGAUCCGUCGCAAUAUAACAACCGCAAUCCCAGCCACCACCAUAACGAGGCUGAGUCUCCUCCAUCUCAGCUAAACAUAAACAAUCGCAAUCGCAAUCAACUGAAUCAAAGCUCACGGACGCACUCACAGCACCCUCCAUCGCAUUCUGAUCCUCACUCUAAUACUCGACUCGUUGUCCCACUUGUAUCCGGCGCCCGCUCAACAUCACCGUCGUCCUCAGUUUCGCCUUUCCCUACGCCUUCGAUAACACCUUCACCCUCUGCUAUAUCCGUCGACGCACCAUCUUCCUCGAGGGGUCCUUCGCCGCCAAUUCAAACUCCCUCUUCGACCAGCGCCGAGGCUCACGGCAGCCAUCCGCAACGAGACUCCCACGAUCGCGACAGCUUGGACAGGGCCAGUCAGGACAGCUAUACACGCAGGCCUCCGGGGCAAAACCCUGCCGGCAUGACCACUUGGUCAGGGCAGCCUGCUAUCAGAGGUAACUCUGAAGCAGUGCGCAUGAUAUUAUUGAGUUUUGUCACGAUUGGCAUAACAUUCACAUGGGGCAUCGAAAUGACCUAUUGCACACCAUACCUGCUCAACCUCGGCCUAACCAAAAGCAGCACUUCGUUGGUAUGGAUUGCUGGUCCAUUAUCCGGUCUUGUAGUUCAGCCUGUUGUGGGUGUGAUUGCAGACGAGAGCAAGUCCAAAUGGGGACGUCGGCGGCCGUUGAUGGUCGUUGGCUCCAUUAUCGUUGCCAUCAGCCUCUUGGUUUUAGGCUUCACGCGGGAGCUUGUCGGCCUUGUGGUUACCGACGAUGAAGCUGCGAAACGUCCCACGAUAGUGGUUGCUGUGUUGGCCAUUUAUGUUGUCGAUUUUGCCAUCAAUGCUGUGAUGUCGUGCUCAAAGAGUCUCAUUGUUGAUACUUUGCCAAUUGAAAAGCAACAGUCGGGAGCGGCUUGGUCAAGUCGCAUGUCUUCCAUCGGUCAUAUGAUUGCUUAUGGAGCUGGAGCUAUAGACUUGGUGAGCAUCUUAGGAACCACGCUUGGUGACACUCAGUUCAAACAACUCACUGUCAUCUCCACAAUUGCUCUCCUGGGCUCGACGGGACUCACUUGCUGGGCUGUUUCAGAGCGCAUAUUAGUAACCUCCAAGCCUGCCAAGCACGAGGGUCGAUUCAAGGUAUUUCGUCAGAUCUGGUCGACGCUUCUCAACCUGCCACCUCGUAUACAGGCCAUCUGCUGGGCACAGUUCUGGGCUUGGAUUGGCUGGUUCCCCUUUCUUUUUUACAGUACUACGUGGGUUGGUGAGACGUACUUUCGUUAUGAUGUGCCUGCCGAUGCAAGGAAAUCCGAAGAUACUCUUGGUGCAAUCGGACGUAUAGGAAGCACUGCGCUUGUCAUGUAUUCCGUGAUUACGUUCGCGGGUGCUUGGAUUUUGCCCAUGUUAGUCCAGUCCCCAGAAGAUAACGCCUUUACACACCGGCCUCCUCAGGCCAUUGCAGGCUUCAUGACACGCUUCAACAAGGUGAAGCCUGAUCUUUUGACAGCAUGGAUGUUUGGACACCUCAUGUUCGCCGCGUCCAUGUCAUUGGCGCCUUUUGCAACCAGCUUCCGGUUUGCGACAGUUCUGGUGUGUCUCUGCGGCAUCCCGUGGACGCUGGCCAUGUGGGCUCCAAGUGCCUUCCUCGGAGUCGAGGUCAAUAAACUCGGUGGUGGCGCAGGGGCAGACGGCACCUAUCGUCGUAUUUCGGACGAGUCAGACAUUGAGCUUUCUGAAGUCAGCCACGACGAUGCGCCUUUGCACCUGGAUCACGGCUCCGAGGUUGACCUGCCUUCAACGGCCUCUACCGGCGAGUUGUCGGGAAUCUACUUUGGUAUUCUCAACAUUUACACGACAUUGCCUCAGUUUGUGGGAACGUUCAUUUCCACAAUCGUGUUUAACAUCUUGGAGCCUGGCAAAAGUCCUGAGCUGGCUGGCGAUGCCGAGAAGCAGCCAGAUCCUGAUGGUCCAAAUGCGAUUGCGGUGUGCUUAUUUAUAGGAGCCAUAAGCAGUCUGGUUGCAGCAUAUGUAACCCGAAAGCUAAAGGUUAUGUAA